CGUUUUAAACCGUUUCCCCCCCAUUAUUAUUUCGUGACGAUCGGCGCCGUUUGAAUGAACGCGUUCUGUGUGAGGCCCAGGCCUCUCGCACUGUAGCCCACGCGACUUAAGCCUGUAAGCCAGUACUUUCUGAGGCAAAACUCACCAGAACCGUCGUGUGACACCGUUUAAAGAGCACCGACGCGGCUAAUUAAUAUAUUACGUUACCUCAUGCAGUUGUGUUUUUUUAUUAUCUUCGAGUGACUUACACCAGUGUAAACUGCUAUUGUGCCAUAGGAAUGUGGAGUUGCCACUCGCUGUUGGGCCUCACAGCUGGCACGCGCGCAUUAUUCAGAUAACGUUAACACGUGUACGAUUAAAUACACACUUUAUAAUUAAAGCACUGAUUUUUUUUUAAAUGACUGCUGUGGAAAAUGACGUCUGUCAUGUUAUCGCGGUUCUAGCUUUUGAUGAAUGCCGCAGAGGUGAAGGUGCAGACCCUGCAACUGCCUGCUCACGCCACCACGAGAGGAAACAUCUCGAAAGCCCGACUAGGGUAAACCAACAAGGUAACAUGAUUACAUUCAACUUGGAUAUGAAGGAACAAGACGUUAUGACUCUUCAAUAACAGCUCAUAAGAUCUGUGGCUAUCACAUGCAGUAUGUUUAAUAAAAGGAAAAAAACGACUGUCAACGUAUUAAACGCAUUUAGUAUUGCCAAUUAGAAUACACAAAUCAAUUAUGCUGUUUUGAAUCAAGUCGGAUGUAUAACUAAAGUACAUUGGUAAAGUUGCAUUCAGGUGAUCCAGUUGCCUUUGGGGUUUGAUUAACAUUAAUGUACUGAAUGUCACGUUUGAAGAAUACCUUGAACUGUUUAUCAAAGAUCAUAGCAAGCACAAGCAAUGAGCUCAGAGAGAGAUUUUCUUUUGUUAAUUUUAACCCUGCCACAUUUCCCCGAAGUUCUGAGUCUGUGAAUAGGACGUCAGUAACGGGCAUGCCUGUGAGUGCACCAGAAAAACGGGUUAAGAAUGGUAAUAACGAUGAUGACCGUAAAGGCAAUGGGAGUAGAGAUGGUAGCUCAAAACCAGUGGAAUCAUCCAUUCAUGAUGUCCGUGACGAUAGUAGUCCUAAGGGAAAUAUGUUUAGCGUGCCAUAUUUUGGCGUUGACCUUGGUGAGGCCAGCAAGCACAUUUCAAAGCAUGUUGAUCAGCACUUCUGGGAAAAUGAAGCUACCCCGUCAGAAGCCGGGCAACGGGCGUUAGAACCAAGUCAACCGUCACCUGAGAAGCAACCUGUUGAGUUGGUUUCGGUGCAGGUGAAGAGUGGUGUCGAGGAACCGGUGCAGGAAAAGCUGGCGAGUGCUCGAGGUCAAUCUCCGAAGAAAAAGGCGUUCUCAGACCACAUCCGACACCCCGUCAAUUUGGUGGGCGGCUAUGUCACGGGGCUGGCGAGCAAACUCCGUGAGCCACGGCUUGUGAAAUCUUCUAAGAUGGGAGAGAAGGAUGCAGCUGAUUUCUCGUCAGAGAAAGAGGCAGGGCCUCCAGAUAAGCCUGGCAAAGCUCUGUCUAAAUCGGAGGAGAAAAUGUUGAAGCUGCAGCUUCAAAGAGAGAAGGUGCUUGCACGUGUGAGUGCGGAUAGUCACACGCGGUGCCUGGUGCAGGACCUGAGAAAGGCCAACGAUUUGCGCAGCCAGGUGUGCCGAUUGGAGGACCUCAACAAGCAUCUUGUGGAGUAUCCCGAGUCCAGGCUGGUCGCUGUGGAGGAGAAGGCUAUUCCAUGCCUGUUGCGGAUGAGGCAGGCUGGCAAUGAACGGCUGCAGGCGUCUGUACGUGAAGCCCUCUCUCUCGUCGGAUAUGUUGACCCCGUGCGGGGCUUUGGCAUUCGUGUACUCUCCAUCGACGGUGGAGGAACGAGGGGGCUGGUGGCCUUGCAAACACUGAAGAAGCUGGAGGGACACACAGGGAAACCCGUUCACGAAAUGUUUGACUACAUCUGCGGCGUCAGCACAGGUGCCAUCCUGGCGUUCAUGCUGGGCGUUUACCGCAUCCCGCUGCAGGAGUGCGAGGAAAUGUACCGCCAGCUGGGCUCGGACAUCUUCACUCAGAAUGUCUUUGUUGGCACCAUGAAGAUGGGCUGGAGCCACGCCUUCUACGACAGCCAGGCCUGGGAGAAAAUACUCAAGGAACGGAUGGGAGAAUCGCGAAUGAUUGAAACGGCUCGUAAUUCUGGCACGCCAAAGGUGGUGGCCGUGAGCACGGUGGUGAACGUUGGUUCGGCACCCAAGCCCUUCGUCUUCAGGAACUACAACCACCGCGUGGGCAUGCGCUCGCACUAUCCGGGGGCUUGCAGCUACCGCCUGUGGGAGGCAAUCCGCGCCUCCUCUGCCGCGCCCGGAUACUUCCAGGAGUACAAGCUCAACGAUUACCUGCACCAGGACGGCGCCCUAACGGUGAAUAACCCAUGCGGGCUGGCCCUUCACGAGUGCCAGCUGCUGUGGCCAGGCAUGCCGUGGCAGUGCGUGGUGUCGUUGGGCACCGGUCGUCACGAACUCGCCAGCUCCAGCAACGUCUCCUCCACCAGCCUGCGCGCCAAGCUGAGCAACGUGAUCACCAGCGCCACGGACACGGAGGAGGUGCACACGAUGCUGGACGGCCUGCUGCCCGCGGACGCCUACUUCCGCUUCAACCCGCUGACGCGGGAGGACGUGGCGCUGGACGAGCGUCGAGCCGAGCGGCUCAACCAGCUGCAGAACGACGCCCAUGCCUACCUGGAGCGCAACGGUGCCAAGCUGGAGCGGGCGGCGGCUCGCCUGAGCCUCGGCAAGCCGUGGCGGCAGUGCGUGGCCGACCGCUGGCAGCUCUGGAGGGACACGAUGGGUGUCCGGUCAACCGCCAUGUCUAAGCUGUGACUGUGGAUUUUCCGGCGAUUUUUUUUUCCCUCCCCCCGUUUUUUCCGUAAAUCUGAAAAGCUUUUCGAAAAUGAGGGCCUAACUGAUAACUUUGGCGGGUGCUCCCAUAUGUGUCCGAUUUUUUUGGCAUCAAUGUGCCGGUGUUUCCGUUACCAACAGUUUGACAAAUCGCCAGAGCAAUUGUGGUUUGUCAAGAUAUGAAUGUGGCCCCUGGACGUUGCACUUUCUUUGGACAAGGUGGAACGUAUCUUGAAUUUUUAGUUUUUAUUGGAAUCGUGUUUAUUUUUUUUUCCUCUACAGAAUAUGCAUGAGUGCUGCAGUGAUGCGUGCCGCAUUUAUGGAAUUUUGCUGCUGAAUCCAUGGGAUAGAGCAAUGUGUAGCAGGUUGCGUUCAAGACCUACAUAACUGCAACAGUAGGUGGGGAGCACUUUUCAACAAAUGUAUGCUGAUCACUGACUGGCAAUGAUCACCUUUCUCCUGUGCUUCAUAGUAUUUUCAGUUUUUCAUUCCUUUUUUUAUCAACAGUAUAUGCACGGUUGGACGUCUUUAUGUUUUGUACAUUUAAAAUCAGUGCCGAUCAUUGUAUGAAAUUCAAUGUAACUACCAUUAAAUAAAACAUGGAAUGCUAAUGUCACAAUGAUUUGACAAAAAAAUCCUUAAAUAUUUUUUAUAUAUUCUACCAGCUGUUAGUGUUCCUUAAGUUAGGAUUUGUGUUGUUUUUUUCCCCAAUGAUUUGGUUUCAGUUUAUUUAUUUUGGUAUAGCCCUGUGAGCCAUUCGGCUCUUGAAUCGGAUGCAACCACAACAAACAAAAACACGAACAAGAAAAC